AUGUACGCCCUUUUAGCGGCCUCGGCCGUAUGUGCAGCCCUCGUUUCUUCUGCUUCAAGUUUUGUGAUCGAAAGGCAGCAUUCACCUGCAGACAGCCUUCCAGCAGGAUGGUCGUAUCAUGGCUGCUUCCAGGUGCCACAGCUUUCUGAAGCAGCUUUUGUUGGCAAUGGGGAUAUGACACGUGAGAUCUGCGCCAGUUUCUGUGAGCGCAGGAGUUAUAAGUCAGCUGGCAUUGCUCAGGGCGAUGCCUGCUACUGCUGGAAUACCCCAGAAUCAGGGUUCAGUUAUUCGACUGAAGCUCAGUGCCUGCUGUCCUGCUCUGGCGAUUCGCGCCAAGCCUGUGGAGGUAGCAAUGCGCUGAGUGUCUUCACCAGUUUCAACCCUUCGGCGCCUCUGGAGCUCCGUGCUGCGCCUAUACGGAAGCGAAAAUGCGGCGGUAAACCCACUGGUUCAUCGUCUUCCGUUUCACAGUCACAGUCGUCAACAACCACAGUCCCAACUUAUCCAGUGACAUCUAUGUCAUCUUCCACCGCAUCAUCAACUACGGUGACCUCUACUGAAUCUUCAUUAACCUCGACGUCUACAUCUUCUGUUCAAUCAUCAUCUCAAUCUUCGGUGUCAUCCGAAACAAGCUCAUCGACCACUACUGCGUCAAGCAGUUCUUCCGUGUUACCAGACACAAGCUCUUCGACCACUGAUUCAUCAACCAUUUCUUCGUCUACCUCCACCUUUAGCACAACCACAGAGACUUCUUCCAUCCCAUCUACCUCAACAACCACAUCCUCAGAGUCUCUUACUUCUACGUUCUCCUCCAGCACAAGCACGGAGACUUCUUCUUCCGUCGUAUCUACAACGACAACCUCGGCGUCUGAAUCCAUUACCUCCACAUCGAGCUCAGCAUCCGAGACUAUCACCUCCACCUCAACAGAGUCAUCCACUUCGUCGUCCACUAGUUCAACCACAUCAUCAGCUACGGCAUGCGCAACGGCUACAGGAACAUACGUGAUCCAGGCUUCUAACUCUGGUGAUUUUACUGCUGAUGGCAAUUUUGCGCAGCUGCAGCAGGCAUUUGGAAACGGCUAUCGUGUGCUAUUUUCUGCGAACCGCCAGAAUGCCCAGCAGUUCCGCCUCAAUGCUGACUGUAUGACGUUUGCCACGGCCGACGGUGGUCUUAUUGCUAUGGUUGGAGACAACGCACCCCUGCACUACCAAUACUUCUUCCCUAGCGUUGAGGAUGCUCGCGCCACGGUGAACGUCGAUUGGGAAGUAGACGUAUGCUCAUUUAAUGCGGAUCAAACGGUGUCUUGUACUGUCAUGGGGCAAUCCAUCUUUCAGAUCACACAAGGAGAUCCUACGCUGGAGAUUGGUGACCAGCUCUACGGAGAGCCAAUCACCCUCAACCUGGUACCUGUUCCAGGAACGAUUUUCUGA